AUGGCACCCACCAAAUCAGUGAGAUCAAGUACGAAACCAUACGAAAGACCUUCUACUUCUAGCAAGGCGAAGGGGAAAGGGAAAGCUGUAGAUUUAGGUGCACCUUCAACUACGAGUCAAUCUUCAAGAAAGGGAAAGAAAGCAUGGAGGAAGAAUAUCGAUAUUACCAAUGAAGAAGAAGCUUUAGAGAAGGGCAGAGAGGAAGAGAGGGUCACUGGUGGUACUGUCGCAUCAAAGUCGAACAACGAGCUGUUCACUGUCGAUGUGGUUGGUGAUGUUGAAGUCGGCAAAAAAGCUAGACGUGCUCAUAAACCAUUACGAUCUCUUGCUGUUCUAGCUGAACGAUCAGCUGUACCUUCAUUAACAUCCAAAACCUCCUCGUCAUCUUCUUCAUCAACUAAGAAACCUAAAUCAGUUGUAUCUUCAGCCGAGAAAGAAAGGUUGAGGAGGAUAGCACGUAAAACAACAUUAAACCCUGAUGAGCUAAAUUCUUCAGCGGACAUAAGAAAACUAGAUCCUACUUCUACUACUCGUGACGUUUGGGAAGAAUCAGUCAAACAAGAAGAGGAAGAAAGGCUCAAGAAGACUGUAUUGGGUGGAUUUGGGGAAGAGACUAUAUUAACUAAAAAAGUUAAAGUUCCAUCAACGUUGAAGAAACAAAGGGAUAUUUACUUGAAUGAACAUGUUACGAAUGGGAUACAUUCAGAUAUACCAACAGGUGGAAUAUCGUAUAACCCUUCAUUGGAAUCACAUCAAGAAUUGAUGAAUAAAGCCGUCGAAGAAGAAUUACAGGUUUUGAGAAAAGAAGCUCAAGUAGAUAAAAAAGUAGAAGAAUUAGGUGGCGUCGUUGAAAAUAGAAAACUUAAUUGGAAACCAUCCGAGUUCGCAGAAGGCAUGUCUGUCGGUCCAGGUGAACACAACCUUUCGGAUAACGAGAACGAAGACGAAGAAGUAAUACUUAAAAAACAGAGCAAGAGGAAAACAACAGCACAAAGAAAUAAAGCAUUAAGGAAUAAAAUCGCACAACAGAAUAUAAAAGCCGAAAUUGAAAAACGCAAAUUACUCAAUUCAGUCUCAUCAGUGACUUCGAAUUCAUUCAGAAAAGAAGUGGAAAGAAAAGCGAGAGAACAAUACGAGAAAGAAUCGCAAGCUAAACUGGCUAAAGAACGAAAAGAAAAAUUAGGUUUAAAAGGUGGUGAAAAAGUUGGAAAAUACAGAGUCGGUAAAAAAAGAGUGGAAGUUCAGUUAGGUGAGGAUUUAGCUGAAAGCUUAAGACAAGUCAAACCCGAAGGAAACUUGUUCAAAGAUAGAUUCAUGGCUUUGCAAAAGAGAGCAUUGAUCGAACCCAGACAACCUGUCUUACCCAAGAGACGAACCAAGAAGAUCAUCGAAUAUGAGAAACAUGCUUACAAGCGAUUUGAGUGA